AUGUGUUUGUGUUCUUCAGGUGUGUUUGGUGAUAAAGUGAAGUCAGUGUCAGUGAUGGAGGGAGAUUCUGUUACUCUACACACUGAUAUUACUGAAAUACAGAGUGUUAAAGUGAUACAGUGGAUGUUUGGUGUAACUAAUGAGUCUCUUGUUAGAUUCAAUAAAGCAGCUGCUGAUAAGAUCUCAAUAUAUGAUGAUGUUCUUGAUGGGAGAUUCAGAGACAGACUGCAGUUAAAUAAUCAGACUGGAGAUCUCACCAUCACAAACAUCACAACUCAACACACUGGACUUUAUCAACUGACCAUCACCAGCGCUAGACAGAUCUCAUACAGAUUCAAUGUUAUUGUCUAUGCUCAUCUACCCGUUCCUGUCAUCACCAAACAAAACUCUUCAUCAUCAACAUCAUCAUCAUGUGUGUUGUUGUGUUCAGUGUUGAAUGUGACAGAUGUGAGUCUGUCCUGGUACAAAGGAAACAGUUUAUUGUCCAGCAUCAUUGUGUCUGAUCUCAACAACAACAACAUUUCUCUUCAUCUGAAGUGUCUGGAUGAUUCUUACAGCUGUGUGCUGAAAAAUUCAAUCAGUAAUCAGACUCAACAUCUCAACAUCACUGAUGUCUGUCAGACGUGUUCAGACUGUGUUUGCUGUUGUUAUGGUCCUGAAGCUGCGAUCCGAUUCGUCAUCUCUGCUCUGGUGGGUGUGGCUACUGUUGCUAUUCUGUUUUAUGAAAUUUACAGCAACUCUGAUGGAGAUAAGCAGUAG